CGCCGGCGGCUCGCAGGCACAGCAUGGGGAGACGCUGCUGCGGGAGGCGGCGCGCGCUGGCGGCCGCGUGUCUGUGCGCCACGCUCCUGCUCCUGUGCACGGGGCCCCGCGCCCCGCGUCGGGCGUCUGCAGACAGGGCCCUGGGCCCCGGCCGGUGGCAUGCUGGGAAGAGUCCUCGGCAGCUGCUCUACGAGCUGGACCAGGCCCCGCGCUCCGCGCUGGCCGAGGUGCACCGGCAGCGGCGCGACCUGCUGCGCCAGGCCUGCAGCCGCCACUCGCGCCGGCCGCGCGCGCUGCGCCCCGAGGAGCUGCGGCACGUGCUGGUGGACGACGCGCACGGGCUGCUGUACUGCUACGUGCCCAAGGUGGCCUGCACCAACUGGAAGCGCGUGCUGCUGGCGCUGCGGGCCCGCGCCCGCGGCGACGCCCGCGCCGACCCCCGCGCCAUCCCCGCGCGCGAGGCGCACGCGCCGGGCCGCCUGCCCUCGCUGGCCGACUUCCGCCCCGCCGAGAUCCGCCAGCGCCUGCGCGACUACCUGGCCUUCCUGUUUGUGCGCGAGCCCUUCGAGCGCCUGGCCUCCGCCUACCGCAACAAGUUCGCGCGGCCCUACAGCGAGGCCUUCCGGCGCCGCUACGGCACGCGCAUCGUGCGGCGCCUGCGGCCGCGCGCGCACCCCGAGGCGCUGGCCCGCGGCCACGACGUGCGCUUCGCCGAGUUCCUGGCCUACCUGCUGGACCCGCGCACGCGCCGCGACGAGCCCUUCAACGAGCACUGGGAGCGCGCGCACGCGCUCUGCCACCCGUGCCGCCUGCGCUACGACGUGGUGGGCCGGUUCGAGACGCUGGCCCAGGACGCCGACUUCCUGCUGGGGCUGCUGGGCGCGCCGGGCCUGCGCUUCCCGGCCGCCCCGCGGCCCCGCGCGGCGCCCGCGCGCGAGCAGGCCGCGCGCCUCUUCCGGGACAUCAGCCCCUUCUACCAGCGGCGCCUCUUCGACCUCUACAAGUUGGACUUCGUGCUCUUCAACUACUCGGCGCCCCCGUACCUGCGGCCCCGUUAG